AACAAUGGCGUCUCUUUUAACAGAACCCUUGUUUGAAAUCUCUGGACGGGCUCCUUGUGUUCGAGACUUUUAUUAUUUCACAGUCACCAAGUCAGAGGUGAUAUGGAGAUGGUGGAAGAUAUCAAUAAGAAAAGUUCACAGGAACAUGAGGCCCGGAGAGCAGAGGGAGUCUCAUCAAGAAUUUCUGGAUGACAGUCAGUUACAGAGUGAGGUCAACAUGGUUUUUGGUCAUCGAAUAUUAGAGUACACCAAGGGUUUGUGCCGAGGCCAGUUUGAUUAUCUGUCACGGCUGCCUGACUCCAUCCUUCUCCACCUGUUAACUUACCUGCAGCUUGAGGAUGUGGGACAGCUUGGGCGAACCUCUCGCCAGUUCAGACAGUUGUGUGGGUCAGAGGAGUUCUGGGAGCAGGCGGUGCGGAGGCGCUUUAACACAGUCUCAGCUGAGGUGUCAGCUCUGGCCCUUGAGGUGGGUUGGCGCAGCAUCUUCUUCACCAGCAAACUGCAGCUGCAGAAGCAGAUCAGCAGGAGGCGGCUGAGCGCUAAGGAGCAACAGGAAGGAGACAACAUUGACCCGGAAACAAGCGCAGAGGAGUCUCAUGUUGACGUUAUCACCGAUGUAAGCGCUGUCGCUGAUUUGAAUACCACAUUCUAGUACUGAUCAGUUUUUUCUGUGUAUCUGAGGCAGCAGAAUCAGUUCAGAACAGUAAAUGCAGAUUUUACAAGAGGAGAUUGUGGCCAGCAUACACAUAGUUAACAGGGUCAUACUGUUUAAGAUCAGUCUAUCUACUGUUUAUAUCCUUGAAGAUGUAUCCGGAUGUUAACCUACAACAACUGGA